AUGGCUCCCAUUGUCAUCGGUUCCCUCUGCUACCAAUACCAAGCCGUCGAUGUCAUUGGUCCUUUUGACAUGCUUGGAGGUGCAACCAAGAGGAUCAUGGAAGCCGUAAAAACGUACUCGCCAGCCAUCACUGACUCAACCGUGGCAAAGGCUCCGGAGUUUGUCUUCCACCAUGUCGGUCUUUCUCAUGAUCUCGUGGACCUAACCUCCGGCUUUACCGUGAAACCCACGUGCACUGUCGAUGACUGCCCUGCGCUGGAUAUCCUCCUCCUUGGAGGCCCAAACCCCGAACCUUUCGUCCUCGACCCGAGAUUCGCCGAGUUUAUUCGCCGCCACGUCGCUUCGGGGAAGCUUUUGUUUACCAACUGCACCGGCUCGUUCGUUGCAGCCAUGGCGGGUGCACUAGACGGCAAGAACGCUACGUGCAAUAACGUUGAGUAUGAAUGGGUUAAGCACAGAUACCCAAAGGUGAACUGGUCAAAGGACAAGAAGUGGGUCAUUGAUGGAAAUAUUUGGACGGGUUCUGGCCCUGUGUCGGGCAUGGACAUGAUUAUUCACUGGCUGCAGGAGAAUUAUGGGAAGGAGGCGUUUAUUUGGGCGGCUCUAAAUCUCGACUUCGAGCCCCGUGAUAUCGAUGGAGUGAAUGUCAUUCCGUUCCGCUACGGCGAGGAUGGUAAACAGUUGUUUACCCAUGUUCAUCACUAUCAUGACUCCUAUUAA